UGGAUGGGUUGUGUUUCAUGGACUAGCUUUGUGGACGAUUGGUUAGCACUGUGCAAGUAGUGGCCAUUCACUACCACUUCAAGUUAAUACCUUGGAAUAGCCAGGCAAUAGCAGAGAAUUAUCUGAACAGUUGUAAGCGAUGCAUGCAUUUCUGUAGUCUACUCGGCAAUCCCUUCAUUUUCUUUUCCACAAAUCACACGCUGUGUUGUCUGGCCGGGGGGUGUUUUUUUUUUUUUUUGGCUUUGUGGUGUGUGUUUAGCUUGUGUUCAUCGAUCCGCUGGACCAACGGAUCGGACUUAGGCAAGAUUGUUGAGUGCCCAAUUGCUCAGGUGCUGGGAGUGUGUGGUUGGUUGGUGACACCGUUGAUGACGAAUGUGGGCAUGCAAGCGAUUUUCAUGGAUGCGUGCGGCUGCGGAAAUGGGGUUGUCAACUUCAACGCUUUCAAUGCUUCGGGUUGUUAUGAGAGUUGGAUUGGAGGGUUUUACGGGUGAGUUUUAGAGUGAGUGUGCGGAGGUAUUGGGGGCAU